GUUUCCUUAGAAACGGAGCCAGGCCCGGGGCGGCGGCGGAGAAACGUCGGCUACAGGGGCGCCCCUAGUGAAGCCAAGAUGCCGCCUAAGGGAAAGGACAAAAAGACAGGCAGGAGUAAAGGCAAAGACAAGAAGAAGAUAAUAAAAGCUGAUGAGUCUGCAGUGGACAGAGCCAAGGCCAAUGCCUCCCUUUGGGAGGCCAGGCUGGAAGUCACAGAACUCUCUAGGAUUGAGUAUCGUGAUACUUCCCGGAGACUGGCAAAAAGUAAUGAGGACUUAAAGAAACAACAGUAUAAAAUGGAGAAAGACACAAUGUCUGUAUUAAGUUACCUGAAGAAGCAGGAUCAGGAAAAAGAUAAUAUGAUUGAAAAACUGAAACAGCAAUUGAAUGAAACAAAGGAAAAAGCCCAAGAGGAGAAGGAAAAAUUGGAGCAAAAGUAUACUGUGCAAAUAAAUGAGCUGGAGGGACGGUUCCAUCAAAAAGCCAGAGAAAUUGGCAUGAUUCAGACAGAGCUGAAAACAAUAAAACAAUUCCAGAAGAGAAAAAUCCAAGUGGAGAAAGAAUUAGAUGAUCUGAAGGAGAAUUUAAGGAACACAGAGCAGAAACAUCAGGAGACUCUUAGAAGAUUGGAGGGCAGGUUUUUUGAAGAAAAGCACCGACUAGAACAAGAGGCUGAAAAGAAGAUAAUAAUGCUGGCAGAGAAAGCUCACCAUGAAGCUGUUGUGCAAUUGAACAGUGCUGGAAGAGCUGUUUUUAAAGAAAAUGUUUAUCUCCAGAAAGCUCUCGCAUACCAUCUGAAGGAAGCUGAUACUCUACAAAAAAAUUCCCAGAAGUUGCAAGAGACUCAGACUUUCCUUUUACAUCAAAAGGAGAUCAAUGAUCUUUUGGUUAAGGAAAAGAUCAUGCAACUUACCCAGCAAAGACUGCAAAUCCAGACUCUUCAGAAGAAGGUGGUAAGCUUGGAGACUGCACUGAGUUGUAUGACCAGAGAGUUUGAAAUUGAAGUUUGUAAAGUGCAGCAACAGGCAAUGAUAGAGAACCAAGCAGGGCAGGUUGAAAUUGACAAGCUGCAGCAACUUCUCCAGAUGAAGGACAGAGAAAUGAAUCGAAUCAAAAAGCUGGCCAAGAACAUACUGGAUGAGAGAACAGAAGUGGAAAGGUUCUUCUUAGAUGCUCUACACCAAGUGAAGCAACAGAUCCUUUUUAGCAGGAAGCAUUAUAAACAGGUUGCACAAGCUGCUUUCAAUUUUAAAAUGAGAGAGGCAUAUGCAGGAAGAACAGAUUAUCCUAAAAUCCGAACGUUCGAUGGCAAAGAGCACAGCACCAAUAGUGUGAAUCAAGAUCUUAUGGAGGCUGAGAAAUGGACAGAUAUUCAAGGAAAUGUGGAUAUUGGAGAUUUGACCUGGGAGCAGAAGGAGAAAGUCUUGAGAUUGCUCUUUGCAAAAAUGAAUGGUUUUGUUCCUAGGAAAUACAGCCAGCAUUCUAGGCCUCCAGUUCCAGACUAUGUUGUUCCUGAUGAUGGAAAUACAGAGGAAUUAGAGAAUGACAGUAAGCUUCAAGAUCAAACCUUCAUCACCCAGCAAGUACCAAUCUCAGACUCUUCUAGUGAACUGAUGAUACCCAACAUUCAGAAAGGAUCACAAGAGUCUGACAUAGGGACCUCCUGACAAGCACUAUUGAACGGUGUAUGACCCCACAGAAGCUACUUGCAGAUCCUUCCUUGCAGAAUCCUUGUUCCUGAAUAUGUUCAAGAAACUUUCUUAGAAGAAAAAACGUUUUCUUACAGUUA